AUGGGUAAAAAAGCUGAUAAGACAAAGAGGAGCGCCGAUAACAGCCCUGAAAAGAGUGAAAGCCCUAAACCUUUGCAGAGUACUUCAUAUGAGCUGUUGCCUGCAGACUUAGUCUAUAUAGACAGCGGCAUCAAGACCAGCCCCGUCAAGUAUGACUCGUUAUACCCUGAAGUGGAGGAGGUGUUCGGAGUCCCACGUUCGCCUCGACCCUGCACCCUCGUGUGGAGGGAUGUGACAGUGCACGUGAAACUGAAAAAUGGAAGAUUGAAACGACUAGUUAAUAAUGUGAGCGGCAUAGCGAAACCUGGCACUCUUAUUGCUUUGAUGGGACCUAGCGGUGCUGGAAAAACUACGCUCAUGUCUGCAUUAGCCCAUCGAAGCCCAUUCGGUACAGUGAUAGACGGCGAAAUCAUCAUGAACGGUCGUCCAGUCUGCAGCUACGUGGACAGAGAAAGCGGCUACAUGCAUCAAGACGAUAUCUUUGCUGAAAACCUAACAGUUAUCGAACAUCUAACGGUCAUGGCUCGCCUACGCAUGGAUAGACGCACAUCAACUGUAGCCAGGAAACGCCGGGUGAAUCAGUUGAUGAGGCAGUUGUCUCUCUACGAGUCCAGGUUCACGAGGAUAGGAGGCCUCGAUGGACACAAAACCUUGUCUGGUGGAGAAAGGAAAAGACUGGCUUUUGCUACUGAAUUAUUAACGGAUCCAGGACUUCUGUUCUGCGACGAACCCACCACAGGAUUAGACUCCUCGUCAGCGCUGAAGCUGGUAUCACUCCUCCGAGCCAGUGCGGCCCAGGGCAAGACCGUGAUAUGCACUAUACACCAGCCCUCCUCAGAACUGAUGGCACAUUUCGACAAGCUAGUCUUGUUAGCUGAAGGAAGGAUCGCCUUUGCGGGAAACGCAUCUGCUGCUUUGGGAUUUUUCGAAAGUCUCGGCUACCACUGUCCCUUAACGUACAACCCGACGGAUUACUUCAUAAAAGUGUUGGCUUUAACUCCUGGCUCCGAAGCUGCGUCACGUCACGCUAUCAAGAGUAUAUGCGACCGGUUUGCCGUCAGCGAUGUCGCUAAGGAAUUGGACAUGGAGAUUCAUUUGGAGUAUCAUCUUAUGGAUAAUGAGGUGGAGGACUCAAGGAGGAUAAGAGGUGACAGCUUUAGGCCACCACAUUUUUACACGAAGAUAAUGUGGCUCGUGUACAGAUACCUGCUGAUGAUCAUCAGAGAUCCGAGGGUUCAACUGGUCCGUAUACUACAGAAAUUGGCUAUAGCUUUAACAGCUGGCGUUUGUUUCUUGGGCACACCCCGACUAACACAAGCCGGGGUCCAAGACGUCCAAGGGGCUCUAUUCAUCAUCAUAGCUGAGAACACGUUCAGCCCCAUGUAUUCAGUUCUUCACAUGUUUCCUGAGGAGUUUCCGUUGUUCAACAGAGAGCUUAAGGCUGGACUGUACUCCACGCCGGUCUAUUAUACUGCCAGAAUGAUCGCUUUGUUCCCAGGGCUGUUGAUAGAGCCGGUGCUGUUCACUGGUGUGGUGUAUUGGCUCGCCGGGCUACGGUACAGUGCCUACGCCAUCGGAUUGACCAUAUUCAUCUCGAUUCUGGUGCUCAACGUCGCCAUAGCGUGCGGUUCGUUCUUCUCGUGCGCUUUUGGUUCGAUGCCGUUGGCGAUCGCUUAUCUGGUGCCCUUUGACUAUUCACUAAUGAUGACAUCCGGGAUAUUCAUCAAAUUAAGCUCUAUUCCUCGCUACGUGGCGUGGAUCCGCUACCUGUCCUGGCUGAUGUACUCGAACGAAGCGAUGUCCAUAGUCCAGUGGGACGGCGUUGAGAACAUCACGUGUACAAACUCGAAUUCAACUGGCGUUCCUUGCGUGAGCACCGGCGACGAAGUUCUCAUGCAGUACGAUUUCACGAGCAGCAACCUCUGGCUGGAUAUAUCGGCGUUGCUGCUGCUCUACAUCACCUUCCAUCUCCUCGCGCUGCUGGCCCUUAGAUACAGAACGAGAAGAAAAUGAUCUACACUGCACGAAAUGUUCGGGGUUAUAACGAUUAAAUGU